AUGCAAUCAACACUGCUUUGGGGCCUUCUUGCCUCGUCGCCUCUCCUGGCUGACGCCCUUGGUCGCUCGACUACAAAAACAGCCACCAAGACUGUUUUCCUUCCUCCCCGUCAGACUGGUACGGUUAAAAACAUCUACGCGUCCAUCAUCACUGAGGAGGAAUCCAAGACUGAAUACCUCCUCGCCUGUCAAACCAACUUUAAGUCGCCAUACACGUGCGGAGGCGAAUUCACCGGCAUCACUGUCACAUACGAAAAGUCCAUGGUGGACAUCUCAUUCAACACGACCACUUACGACUGUGAAUUGGGAACUGCGGCUGUCUGCGCGACAAAGACGCAAUCAUCGGGUGACGCAGCGACCACAACACUGGCUCCCAGCGAGAGCUCCGCUUGGAUGACGCCUAUUACCGUUCUCGAAGUCCAGAAGAAAAAGACAAUUAAGAAGAAGAAGACGACCGCUACUGCUGCGCCAACGGCGGGAUCUAGCUCCAAGCUCUGCAAGCGCAAGGUCCACCACGGCAGCUCUGGGGGAGAUUCGAGCUCGGGUUCUAGCGGAAGCAGUGGCUCCAGCGGCAGUUCUGGCAGCAGCUCUAGCGAUUCGGAUUCAAGCGACGGCACGAGCUCCGGCACCAAGACGGGCAGUGGUUCCAGUACCAGCGACGACGAUGAUACCACCACCAGCCAGAGCAGCAAGAGCAAGAGCAAGAACAACGAUGACGACUGCUCGGGUGCCUCUAGGCUUACUGGGACCUGGGGUUUCUUGGGUCUGGCGUUGAGUGGCUACAUUGUUGCCAACUUGUAG